UAAGGCUUGAUAAACAUGCCUGCCAAGCUGUCCAGAAUCACUGUCAAACUGGGUCAUAUCAGCUGUUCCACCGCGGACUUUAAUUCAAGAUUGCGAACUAGAAUGACAAGGGCUUUUUGUACCUGCAUUCAUUUGUUAACUGCAAGGUCGGACGUUUGAGUUUGGGAGUGUUUUACGUCGCAUCUUGGUGCCUUUAGCCUGCGCGGGGGACAAAAGCCAGCAGGUUAUCCAGAACAGCAACUUAAAAGCCAAAGCAAACCAGUGAGAUUGAUCUCGCAAAUUAGUUAUAGUCUUUGUUCGUCUCGUGCGAACCAUGGCCGUCUCAAAAUCUAAAAUCGCGGUAGGAUUUAUAGUAGCGGGUAGUCUGACUGUAUUUUUUGGAGUGGUACUCGUGUUUGUAGGACCCAUGAUCAUUGAUGACCAAAUUGCAAAGAAUGUGGAGAUCAACCCUAGUAACGACCUGACCUAUACCAUGUGGAAGGACAUCCCCGUGCCUUUCUUCAUGUCCGUGUACUUCUGGAACGUGCUGAACCCUGAGGAGAUUCUGAAAGGCGAAAAGCCGAUGUUGGAGCAGAGGGGGCCGUAUGUCUACAGUGAAAAAAGGUGGAAGGACAACAUUACUUUCCAUGCGAACCACACCGUGUCCUACCAAGAGUAUCGGCAGUAUUUCUUCGAGAGGGACAUGUCGGUGGGCAACGAGUCUGACAUUGUCACGAUCCCCAACAUGAUGGUGCUGGGUGCGGCGGUGAUGAUGGAGAAGAUGCCGUUCCCCAUCCGGGUGAUGGUGAGCGCCUCCUUCAAGGCCUUCAAGGAGGGCGCCUUCCUCACCAAGCCGAUCGGGGAGCUGAUGUGGGGGUACGACAGCAAGCUGGUGGACUUCCUCAACAAGUACUUCCCCGGCAUGCUGCCCUCCUCCGGCAAGUUUGGACUCUUCGCAGAGUUCAAUAACUCCAAUACCGGCCUGUUCACGGUGAAUACUGGCGUAGAUGACAUCCGCAAAGUACACAAAGUGGACUCCUGGAACGGCCUGAGAGAGGUGAACUACUGGGGUACUGAUCAGUGUAACAUGAUCAACGGUACUGCUGGCCAGAUGUGGCCGCCCUUCAUGACCACCGAGUCCACCUUGCCAUUCUGGAGCCCAGACUCAUGCAGGUCAAUGGAGCUGGUCUACCAGAGGCCGGGGGUUGUGGGGGGCGUUCCGGUGUUCCGUUUUGUUUCGCCCACCACCCUCUUCGCCAACGGGAGCGACUACCCCCCCAACGAGGGCUUCUGCCCCUGCCGCCAAUCUGGACUCCUCAAUGUCAGCCGCUGCAGAAAUAACUCCCCAAUGUUCAUCUCCCAGCCUCACUUCUUCAAUGCGGACCCCGGACUGCUGGAUACAGUGAUGGGCCUGAGCCCCAACGAGGACGACCACGGCCUCUUCAUCGACAUCCACCCUGAGACUGGAGUACCUAUGAACGUAUCUGUCCGCCUGCAACUCAACCUGCUUAUCAAGAAAGUCAGUGGAAUCACAGAGACGGGCAAGAUCUCUGAAGUGGUGAUGCCCAUGAUCUGGUUUGGAGAGAGUGGCUACAUCGAUGGCCCCAUCUUGAAGACGUUCCACACCAACCUGGUGGUGUUGCCGGCCAUCAUGGAGUAUACGCAGUACAUCUUCAUAGGCCUGGGCCUACUCACCAUACUGGGAGCCGCCAUGCUCCUGACCUUAGACAAGGAGAAGGCUAAUGGCUCAAAACACACGCCCAGAGACAAUGACAGACAGAUGGAGAAAUAUGUGCUGCACAACACAGAGAUGUGAGAAGAAGAAAGGCCUGUCCGAUGACGCACAAGAGGAACCCGACUCGUCGUGUGUGAACGAACGCACCCCUCUUAUUCAAAGCUGACUGAACCCUGCAAUUCAAAACUGACUCAAAAAAAGAAAAAAAGAAUGAAUCCCUCUCUUUUUUCUUUUCUGAAAAACAAAAAAAAACUGCUGUGGAAAAGAGGUGGGACUGUGGUGUGGAGUACUGUACUGCGUGUCCCCCUCUAUCCUCAUAAGACCUCGGGAGAGAGAGACGUGCGACUCUUGUUGUGUUCAUCUCAUCAAACUUUGUUUCUCGAUUCCCGCACGCCGCUGCACUCCCCUCCCCUCGACACUGGUCUUUGUUUUGCAUCUGCCAAGCCCCCUGGAUGUGACCUGGCGCCAUUUAUACGAUCCUCCUCCUGCUCUGUUUUCUCUCCGGGGGGGGCCGAGAGCAUUGGGUGGGGGUGUGAGCAGCACAUGGACACCCCUCAUGAGGCGAGCAGGCGACGCCACUACACUGCCAUGUGGACACACAGGCUGCCACCUUGUGUUCACGUAGCUGGCCUGCAUCAUCGGUUACUUACACAGUAUUACUGCACAGACACACAAACUCUCUCAUUCUCACUUUCUCCGCCUCUUACACUCACACACACACACACAGCCUCUCUCUCUCUCUUUCUCUCUCUCUCUCGCUCUCUCUCUCUUUCUCUCUCUCUCUCUCUCUUUCUCUCUCUCUCUAUCUAUCUUUAUCUAUCUCUCUCUUUAUCUUUAUCUAUCUCUCUAUCUUUCUCUCUCUCUCUCAGCACUAAGUUACACUGCACUUCUGAAGAGUUCUGGAUUGCCAGAGAAUGAACUUUGAAAAACCUGGUACUGAGUCUAAGGACGGGCCUGAUUCUGAGAGGCCGGGUCUGGUUUAGCGGUUCUGUGGGGUUACCACAAGGAGCCUAUACUACAAAGCUGGUUCAGGAGUAAGCCAGGUCAAGUUAAGAGGUCAAUCGUCUAAUAGAAGAGCAUGGAGUCCUCAUUUUCUUCAGUACACACAGGACUCCAGGCUCUUCUAUUAGAUGAUUUACUUCUUAACUUAAACCUGGUUUACUCCUGAAUCAGCUUUGUAGUAUCAGGCCCAAGGUCUUUCACUCCCUCACCUCGCAGAGCCCUUCACUCCUGCUCCACUUCUCUGUAGAGAGAUAACAAGUCUGGACUUACUGCCAACUUAUUGACAACACAAGACAACACAAGACAACAAACACAACGCUCCAGUUAUCCUUCUGGACUUCAGUACUGUUUACAUGCAAAGAAUCCUGACUGACCACGGGCAGCAGCUCACGUGCCUUAACAUGUUUUGAUGUGUGUAUAUAUAUAUGGAUUGGGACAAUGUGCACAAAUGUGAUGAUUUCAUAAAUAGUAGUUUUAUUAUUUGUUUCAUGAUGAACUUGGAGUGUCAUUUGUGGUUGAAAUGUCAAGCCUGUGUGGAGCCAUCAAUGUGAAGAAACUUUUAAGAAACUAACUUUGGGGGGUGGGAGACCCCAUGAUUUGCCUUAAAAUCGUACACAUCUAGUAAUUUGUAAAAUAAGUGAAUAAAUAAUAAUGCAUUGUUAUAAAAAAUUGAAAACGCAA